AUGUCGACGCAAAACACAGUUUGGGUGGCGCAGGCUGCGGGAGGAGGGGAGAAGCCGCAGGUGGGCAAUGUGGGCAAUGUGGGUGAUGAAGGCGCCGACGCCUUUGCGUACGAACACCUUCUCUUCUCGGUGGCCGUCUACCGUGGCGUGUACUCCCGGCUGUGGCCGUUCGUGCUCGGCACGCUCAUGCGCCGAGCCGAUGCCCGAGAGGGGAGCCACACGGACUUCACCGACGAUGCGACCGCUGGCGAGCGCCUGCUUGCGGGCCUUCUCCACCUCGAGGCCAUCGACACCAGCCUCUGCGCGCCCGAAAAGACGCCCGUGGGGCUCAAGAUAGCGCUGCUGGAGUACCUGGGCACCAACCGAAGCGCGCCCGACAGUAUGGACAUUAUUCCGUUCCUCCUGGGCCGUAUCAAGCACGAGCCUCACGACAAGACGCGCGCCUGCGCAGUGCUCGCUCUCGGCAUCAUGUUUCGGUUCGUCGUCAUCGCCACUGACAACUACUACUAA